UAAUAAACCAGCUGAUUGGGUAGUUUUAGUUCUCAAAAAAAAAAAUUAGCAUUUUUUUUAUUAAAAACAAAACUAAAUUAUCAUUAAUAGCACAUGCAAGAAACAACGAAAAUCAAUUAGUUAUUAAAAAUUAAACAUUACGUACAAACUAAACAAUAGUUAUUUUAAGUUAUGUAUGUGUCUGUAUAAAAAAAGAAAAACGUAAGAAUAGAUUCUUGCUAAAUGAAUAACUAUUUGUUUAAUGCUAAUCAUAAAAAUACCGCCACGACAUCAUUUGCCUCUGCCAGCACAUCCACGCCGCAUCAACAAUAUUCUUAUCGAGAGCUAAACAGUCACAAUAGUACUCCUAGAACAUCCCAUCAACGUCCGGGAAUGUAUAGUCGCGACUGGCGUUCCGCCUUGCGGACGCCACCCACAUAUCGUAUAGGCAAUAGAACAGUACGUUUUAAUUAUCAUAUAGCAAUGCUUAUCGCCGGUGUAUGUGCACUAUUCAUACUAUUUUAUUAUGUGCGCGGCAGUACGUCUUCCUCGGAUGCUGCUUGGCUAAAAAAUUAUGCCAGUUCUACCAGUGGUCAUCGGGUGGGGGCGAGCAGCAGUAGCAGUAUUAUUAAUAGUAAAGCCAUUGUGGAAGAUGAAUUUUCUUCUUAUAAUAGCACAUAUCCCUUAACUCAGCCCAUAGUAGGCCGACCGGGAAUGAUAACAUUUCGCAUUGCCAUGGUAGCUGACUUAGAUACCAAUUCAAAAGUUGAAAACAAUGGUGCUACCCUAUGGAGAAGUUAUUUAAAAAAAGGUCAUCUCACAUAUAUAACAUCAAAAGAUGAAAUUACCAUUAAUUGGGAUAGUGGUGAACCGUCUGUGCUCGAAUCAAGUUUUUCCCUCAAAGGCCGUGGCAUGGAACUCUCCGAAAUUGUAACCUUUAAUGGUAAAUUGCUAAGUUUUGAUGAUCGCACUGGUUUGGUUUACGAUAUAACGAAUACAGAUAAACCGCCUAUACCUUGGAUAAUACUACUCGAUGGUAAUGGUCACAGUGCCAAAGGUUUUAAAUCUGAAUGGGCUACCGUCAAAGAUCGUUUGCUGUAUGUGGGCUCUAUGGGCAAGGAAUGGACAACGGGGACGGGAGAAUUUGAAAAUGAAAAUCCUAUGUUUGUUAAGGUAGUUACACCUGCAGGCUCAGUUAGAUCUUUAGAUUGGUCGUAUAAUUUCAAACGUUUACGCCAGGAGUCAUCGCAAAUAAGCUGGCCGGGCUAUAUGAUACAUGAGAGUGGCGUCUGGUCAUCAGUUCAUAGAAAAUGGUUCUUCCUGCCCAGAAGGUGUUCAAAGGAAAAAUACAAUGAAACGCGCGACGAACAUAUGGGUUGUAAUCUUUUAAUCUCAGCCGAUGAAGAUUUCAAUAAAAUCGAAACUGUGCCAUUAGAUUCUGCUAAUACUCAAACCACUCACGGAUUUUCUUCGUUUAAAUUCAUACCCGGUACAGAUGAUCGCAUAAUAGUAGCACUAAAAACCGAAGAACUUAAUGGAAAGACAACAACAUUUAUAACAGCAUUUGAUAUACAUGGUAAAACGUUAUAUGCCGAGCAACAUAUUGAAACGGAACUGAAAUACGAAGGAUUCGAAUUUAUUUAGUUGUUAAAUUUUAAAAUAUCUUCUUGUAUCAUUUCGUUUUAUAUUGAGUUCUUAUGUUUUUCGCCCGUGUAUGUUGAUUUGUAAUUUAUUAAAUCAAAUUUUAUUUAGAUGAUAUUUAAAAUUAUGAAUUAUAUAUUUUUAGACUAUUUAAAUAUGUGUAUGUACAAUAGUAUUAAGUUUUACCUUUUUGCCUAAUGUGUGAUUUAUUUUUUAACUUAAAAAAGAAAAAUGGUAAAAAACAGAAACCAUCUGAUUCCUAAACAGAGUAGUAGUAAUAAAAACAAAUUUUUAAAUGAAGAAAACGA